CCCCAGGAGGACGCCGUAGCAGCCAUCUUUUCUCUGAUUGUAGGGUUUCAGGUCCCCUGUUCACGACCCGUUCAAACUUCCCCGGAACGCACCCGGGGCCAGCAGCCACCAGCUGCUUCAUUGGGAGAGAAAGAGGAGCAGCGGCUAAAAACGGAGCCCUGACUUCUCAACAAGCACUGCAGGGAGGAGGCAACAGAGCCCCACGAGGCAGUGACGUUCAGGGAUGUGGCAGUGGCCUUCACGGAGGAGGAGCUGGGACUGCUGGACUCUGCCCAGAGGAAGCUGUACCAGGAUGUGAUGUUAGAAAACUUCAGGAACCUGGUCUCCGUGGGACACCAAUCCUUGAAACAAGAUAAAUGGCGUAUAGAAAGAGAAGAGAAGCUUUGGUCGAUGAAGACCGCAGCCCAGAUGGAGAGAAAUGUGGGAGGGAACAGUCAAAGUGAGCUGAGGACUCUUCAAGACAGAGGACCACGUGAAGAGCUUUCCUGCUGGCAAAUCUGGCAACACAUCGCAAGUGACCUAACCAGAUGGCAGAACUCUAUGAGAAAUAGUUCUCAGUUUCACAAGCAGGGUGAUUCCCACUGCCAGCUUGGAGCGGGACUGUCUAUUCAAAUUUCUGAAGAUGAGAACUGUAUGCUAAAUUGUAAAGUGGCUGGUCCCAGUGGUACUGAAAACUCAGAGUUUCCAAUUCUGAGAGUCCAGGACUCUUGGAGGAAAACGUCUUUGACUGAGUCGCAGAGUUAUCAGAACAGAUAUCAGCAAAUUUCCAUGAAAAAUCAUCUGUGUCGGUGUAAACAAGAUGUUGACGCGAUCGGUUGGAUUUCACAUCCCCUUAAUCAUGGGAUACACAGAAGUGACAAAUCUUAUUGCCACGAUGAUUAUGAGAAAGACGGCAUGAAGGUUUCAGCAUUGAACCAGGAUAGUGUGAUUCACACAGGACAGAAACCUUACCGAUGUAAUGAAUGUGAAAAAACCUUCAGUGACCUCUCCACCUUUGAUCUUCAUAAACAGUUACACUCAAAGGUGAAGUCUCAUACGUGCAGUGAGUGUGGGAAAGGCUUCCGUUAUAGCUCAGUUCUUCGUAUUCAUCAGAGAGUUCACGUGGGACAGAAAGGCUAUACGUGUGGUGAGUGCGGCAAGGGAUUCAGUCAGAACUCACUUCUGCAAACCCAUCAGAAUGUCCACACUGUAGAGAAGCCAUUCAAAUGUGAGGACUGUGGGAAAGCCUUUGGUCGUAGAUCAGCACUUACUGUUCAUUGCAAAGUCCACACAGGAGAAAAGCCGUAUAGUUGUGAGGAGUGUGGGAGGGCCUUCAGUCAGGCCUCUCAUCUGCAGGACCAUCAGAGGGUCCACACUGGGGAGAAACCAUUCAGAUGUGAUGCGUGUGGUAAAAGCUUCAGUCGGAAUUCACAUCUUCAAUCCCAUCAGAGAGUCCAUACAGGAGAGAAGCCAUACAAAUGUGAGGAGUGUGGGAAGGGCUUCAUUUGUAGCUCAAAUCUAUACAUUCAUCAGAGAGUCCACACAGGAGAAAAGCCCUACAAAUGUGAGGAAUGUGGUAAAGGCUUUAGUCGGCCUUCAAGUCUUCAGGCCCAUCAGGGAGUCCACACUGGAGAGAAAUCCUACAUAUGUAAUGUGUGUGGUAAAGGCUUUACUCUGAGUUCAAAUCUUCAAGCCCAUCAGAGAGUCCAUACAGGAGAAAAACCAUACAAAUGCAAUGAGUGUGGGAAGAGCUUCAGGAGGAACUCCCAUUAUCAAGUUCAUCUGGUAGUCCACACAGGGGAGAAACCCUACAAAUGUGAGGUAUGUGGGAAGGGCUUCAGUCAGAGUUCAUAUCUUCAAAUCCAUCUGAAGGCCCACAGCGUGGAGAAACCUUACAAGUGUGAGGAAUGCGGGCAGGGCUUCAAUCAGAGUUCCCGACUUCAGAUUCACCAGCUGAUCCACACCGGAGAGAAGCCACACAAAUGUGAAGAGUGUGGGAAGGGAUUCAGUCGUAGAGCAGAUCUCAAAAUUCACUGCAGAAUCCACACAGGAGAGAAACCAUAUAAUUGUGAGGAGUGUGGGAAGGUAUUCAGGCAGGCCUCAAAUCUUCUGGCGCAUCAGAGAGUUCACAGCGGGGAGAAACCUUUUAAAUGUGAAGAGUGCGGGAAGAGCUUUGGUCGCAGUUCACACCUGCAAGCCCAUCAAAAAGUGCACACUGGAGAAAAGCCAUACAAGUGUGAGGAGUGUGGGAAGGGCUUCAAGUGGAGCUUGAAUCUGGACAUGCAUCAGAGGGUCCACACGGGAGAGAAACCCUACAAGUGUGGGGAGUGUGGUAAGCACUUCAGUCAGGCCUCAAGUCUUCAGCUGCAUCAGAGCGUCCACACUGGAGAGAAACCGUACAAAUGUGAUGUGUGCGGCAAGGUCUUCAGUCGCUCUUCACAGCUACAGUCUCAUCAGAGAGUUCACACAGGGGAGAAACCUUACAAGUGUGAGACCUGUGGUAAGAGCUUCAGCUGGCGAUCCAACCUUACCAUUCAUCACAGAAUCCACGCCGGUGAUAAAUCUUACAAAAGCAAUAGGAGUGGUAAGAACAGAGAAUCUACACAGGAAAACAGUUGCAUAAAAUGAUUUUUUAAAAAGAAAACCCCAGUGUCCCGUGAAUUCUUCCAAUCAUAAAGUUCAAAAGAACUUGUUUGUUUCACUAAAGUCAGUGUUCAGCCCCAGCUUAACAUAUCCCAGUAGUCAGGAGGGCACGCAGCAGAGAAUGCUUGUGGGUUGUAUAGCGAAGUACAGUUUGAACUUUGAGCUUUAUUAUUAAAUACUAUUCAGGGGAGAGGCUUUGGAAAGCACGAGUUUUAUCAGGCCUUGUACAAAAGUCUGAUGGACAUGCUAGAAUGAAUGCCCGUUAGAAUGUAAGCUCCAUAAAUGCAGAGACUUGUCCUGGAUCUGCAGAGUCUUAACAUGCUGGGGACUUUGGAGGUGCUCAGUGUUUGUUAAAUUAAUGAAUGGGGGAAAUGGUAUAUUUGAAAAUUGUGUUGAGAUCACCUCCGGAAUUUCACAAAAAUUUAUAUUCAGAAGAGGUGACCUAAAAUUGGCGUUAAUAAAAUUAGUUCAGGGA